CUUAUCCUCUCUCUCUCUCUCUCUCUCUCUCUCUCUCUCUCAUUUUAAAAGCACUUCCAACUCCAGAUUUUCAUUUACAAAUCUCUUUCCAUCCUCAGAUUCUUUUUCUUUCUUUCAUCGCUUCUCUUUCUCCUUCAAUCAUCGGAUUUCAACGAAGAGAUAUGAAUUGAAAUACAUCCAAUGAAAUUCAUUCCCAUUUUGGAGAGAAAUCCCAAGAACAAUGAAAGAUAGAAGUUCAAAUUGAAACGAGAGCAUUUUCUCAGAAACGCUUUGAAAUUGGAAUCUGAUGCUGGUGGAUUUCAGUAGAAAUUGAAAUUCUCAUUCGAAAAUGGCUCCGAAAACGGGAAAAGCGAAACCUCACAAAGCCAAGGGAGAGAAGAAAAAGAAGGAAGAGAAAGUUUUGCCCACUGUGCUCGACGUUACUGUGGAAACCGCCGACUACUCUCAAGUGACACUCAAGGGAAUCUCGACGGACAGGAUCUUGGACGUCCGCAAGCUGCUAGCAGUACACGUGGAGACCUGUCACCUCACCAACUACUCGUUUUCCCACGAGGUCAAAGGGCCGAGGCUGAAAGACUCGGUGGAAAUCGGCUCCCUCAAACCCUGUGUUCUCCGUGUGAUAGAAGAGGAGUAUACGGAAGAACAGUCAAUUGCACACGUGCGUCGACUCCUGGACAUCGUCGCUUGCACUACUUUCUUCUCCUCCUCUAAACAUGCAUCAGCAGCAUCAUCGAAAUCAUCAGAAGGUGGGCCCACCGCAAACACUAGCAAAGACGGGAAAUCAGAACCGCACGUUGGCGGGGAUGAUGUGGCGAAGGACGUCGCGGCGGAUAAGGGCGACAUAUCGUCCAUGUGCCCGCCUCCCAAACUUGGAGAGUUCUAUGACUUCUUCUCCUUUUCCCAUCUCACACCCCCCUUGCAAUAUAUUAGGCGUUCAUCGCAGUCAUUUGUUGAUGAUAAGGAAGACAAUUUCUUUCAAAUCGAUGUGAGGAUUUGCAAUGGGAAGCUGGUGACAAUCGUCGCUUCCCGAAAGGGGUUUUACCCAGCUGGAAAACAGCUUCUUCUGAGCCAUUCAUUGGUAGGUUUGCUGCAGCAGAUUAGCCGGGCCUUUGACAGUGCCUACAAAUCCCUUAUUAAAGCUUUCGCAGAGCACAAUAAGUUUGGGAAUCUUCCUUAUGGCUUCCGCGCAAACACAUGGGUUGUCCCUCCUAUUGUUGCUGAUGCUCCAGCUGUUUUCCCUCCUCUACCUAUGGAGGAUGAAAAUUGGGGUGGAAAUGGUGGUGGCCAAGGACGAGAUGGGAAGCACGAUCAAAGACAAUGGGCUAAGGAAUUCUCAAUUCUGGCAGCCAUGCCAUGUAAAACACCUGAGGAGAGACAAAUCCGAGAUCGGAAAGCAUUCCUGCUUCACAGUCUAUUUGUCGAUGUCUCUGUUUCGAAAGCUGUCGAGGUGAUCCAAUGUCUCGUUGACAGUCAUAAGUGCUUGAAUGAGACUCCAAAUGGUAAUCCAAACUCAAUUUUGCACGAGGAACAAGUUGGCGAUUUAAGGAUUAAUGUAACAAGAGAUCCGCCCGAUGCAAGCAUGAAGUCGGAAUGUAAGAAAGAUGGAAGUCAGUCUCCAGGAAUGUCAGACAAGGAGCUUGCUCAGAGGAAUUUAUUGAAAGGAAUAACUGCAGAUGAGAGUGCGGCAGUUCAUGAUACUGCUACCUUAGGUGUUGUAGUUGUUAGGCAUUGCGGAUACACAGCUGUUGUAAAAGUUCCAGUUGAGGUCAAUUUGGAGGGGCAUCCUAUACCUCAGGACAUUUACAUUGAAGAUCAACCUGAAGGAGGUGCCAAUGCCUUGAACGUCAAUAGCUUAAGAAUGCUACUGCACAAGCCAUCAAUGCCUCAAUCAUCUACCAGUGUCCAGCGCCCACAAUGUGCAGGUUCUGAAGAUUUACAGUCUGGUAGGUCUCUGGUGAGGAAGGUUCUAGUGGAUAGUUUGAUGAAGUUACAAGGAGAAGCUACUAAGCAGAGAACGCCAAUCAGAUGGGAGCUCGGAGCAUGUUGGGUGCAGCAUUUACAAAACCAGGCUUCAGGGAACACUGAGUCUAAGAAAAGUGAAGAUGCUAAAGUGGAGCCCGCUGUUAAAGGUCUAGGGAAGCAAGGCGGACUGUUAAAGGAGAUUAAGAAGAAGAUAGAUGAAAAGAGCAACAAAGCCAAUAUGUCAAAGGAAAAUUCUACUUGUACUGGCCUCGACUCAAGCAAGAAAGAAACCACAGAUACUGCUGACCAGAAGGAAUUAGAGAAGCAAGACUUGGAGAAGGAAGUGAUGUUACGAAAAGCGCUUUCUGAAGCAGCAUUUUCACGCCUAAAAGAAUCAGAAACUGGUCUUCAUCUCAAGUCACCAGAUGAGUUGAUAGAGAUGGCGCAUAAAUAUUAUGCUGAUACUGCAUUGCCGAAACUGGUGACGGAUUUUGGUUCCCUCGAACUUUCACCAGUUGAUGGGAGGACAUUGACCGAUUUUAUGCAUACAAGGGGUUUGCAAAUGCGUUCUUUGGGACAUGUGGUUGAACUAGCAGAUAAGCUCCCCCACGUACAGUCAUUAUGCAUCCAUGAGAUGGUUGUUCGAUCCUUCAAGCAUAUACUGCAAGCAGUAGUGGCUGCAGUUGAUAACAUUUCUGACUUGGCUGCAUCCAUAGCUUCAUGUUUGAAUAUCUUGCUUGGAACCCCGCUAGUUGAAAAAGCUGAUACAGAUUCAAAUAAUGAUGAUAUCCUUAAGUGGAAGUGGGUGGAAACCUUCCUCUUGAAGAGAUUUGGAUGGAAAUUAAAAGAUGAGAGUUGCCAUGACUUGAGAAAGUUUGCCAUUCUUCGUGGGCUUUGCCACAAGGUUGGACUCGAGCUAGUUCCUAGGGACUAUGAUAUGGAUACUCCAUCUCCAUUUAGGAAGACAGAUAUCAUCAGCAUGAUUCCUGUAUAUAAACAUGUAGCGUGCUCAUCGGCAGAUGGGCGCACACUGUUGGAAUCGUCCAAGACUUCAUUGGAUAAAGGCAAACUGGAGGAUGCUGUUAACUACGGCACUAAGGCACUUUCGAAACUUGUCGCGGUAUGUGGUCCUCACAAUCGAAUGACAGCAGGAGCAUAUAGCCUUUUGGCUGUAGUGCUUUACCAUACUGGAGAUUUUAACCAGGCAACCAUCUAUCAGCAAAAGGCUUUAGAUAUCAAUGAGAGGGAGCUUGGACUCGAUCAUCCAGAUACAAUGAAAAGUUAUGGGGAUCUUGCUGUUUUCUAUUAUCGCCUUCAACACACUGAAUUGGCCUUGAAAUACGUCAAUCGUGCAUUGUAUCUUUUGCACCUAACUUGUGGCCCUUCGCAUCCAAACACUGCUGCUACUUACAUUAAUGUGGCAAUGAUGGAAGAAGGCCUGGGCAAUGUCCAUGUUGCUCUCAGGUAUCUGCAUGAAGCUCUCAAAUGUAACCAAAGACUUCUUGGAGCUGAUCAUAUUCAGACUGCAGCCAGUUAUCAUGCCAUUGCGAUCGCUCUGUCUCUGAUGGAAGCCUACUCACUAAGUGUCCAGCACGAGCAGACCACUCUACAGAUCCUGAAGGCCAAACUUGGAACAGAAGAUCUUCGGACACAGGAUGCUAAUGCAUGGCUUGAGUACUUUGAGUCCAAGGCCUUGGAGCAGCAAGAAGCUGCCCGCAACGGCACUCCAAAGCCAGAUGCCUCUAUUUCCAGCAAAGGCCACCUCAGUGUAUCAGACCUUCUGGAUUACAUAAACCCAGAUGCAGAUCUGAAAGGAAGAGACCUCCAAAAGAAACAAGCACGUGCAAAGAUCAAGGGCAGGCCGGGCCAGAACCAGCAGGAAAUGGCCACUGACGAAUCCCAAAAUGAUGCUGCUACACUGCCAACAUACUCUGUUACAGAAACCUCCAGUGAUAAAGAAAACAACAUGGAAGUCCAGUCCGUUGAAUCCAGGGAUGCCAGACCUGUUGUUAGUAUAAAAGACGAGCCUGUAUUGCACCAACUGGAUGAAAUCGCAGACGUCUCUGAUGAAGGAUGGCAAGAAGCUGUCCCGAAGGGACGAUCUACGACAAGCUCCAAAUCUUCUAGUUCGAGAAGACCAAGCCUGGCGAAACUGAAUCCAAAUUCAAUGAACAGCUCAGAAUCCAUACGCUAUAGAGGAAGGCCCACGAACUUCCCUUCCCCAAAAAAGUCACCAACUGAGGCUGUGUCCCCAGCAACUGUUCCCAAAAAACUAGUUAAGAGUUCAAGUUUCAAUCCAAAACUAACUGCGCCGGCCAUCUCCACUAAUUGCACAGAUAAAUCUACUAACCCGAAGUCAGCACCACCUAGCCCUGCUUCUGCCACCCAACCUGCCAAGUUGGCUCCUCUGAAAAGUCCGAUAGGCAUCCAGUCUGGUGGAAAGCUUCUGUCCUACAAAGAAGUAGCAGUGGCUCCACCUGGGACAAUUGUAAAGGCCAUGGCUGAGCAACGGCCAAAAGAAAAUCAUCAAGAUGAGCAGAAUUCUCAGGUAAGUAAAGAAUCAACAACGGUCGAAUCGACUCAAGGCGAGCUGGCAGCAGCAGUUAAGAUUGAAGAAAAGGAAAAGGCUCAGAGUUCAGCUGCAGAAGAGCUAGAGGUAGCAACUUCCUGUCAGGAAACAGAAACCCACAUAGCAGAGGAAAGAGAAGAGGCAGCAGAAUCCUCUCAGGAAUUACAUAAUGCUGUCAUUGAGGAAAAAGAGGCGGAAGCAAUGGAAGCUGCUGUGGUAGAAUCCAAGAGUUCUGAUCCAAUUAUAGAAUCAAAUGCAGUUUCUUCCAAACCCGAAAUGUCAGAAACAAGAAGCAUUGUUGAUAAGGAAUGCCAAUCUGUUUCAUCUGAAGGAAUGCCUCCAUCAGUAGAGAAAGAUUGUGCUGUUGUUGAAGAUAAAGUGAAGGAGCAAGGAGAUGAGAAUGCACACCAUCUAUCCAACAGGUCCGGAAACGAGAAGCCUCUUCCAAGCGAAGGGGAAAAGCAGAAUGAAGUUGUCGAGACCAUGAAAGAGACGGGCCGGAAACUCUCUGCCGCCGCACCUCCGUAUAAUCCAUCAAUGAUUCCAGUUUUCGGGUCUGUUCCAAUCCAGGCUUUCAAUGAUCAUGGAGGUAUUCUGCCUCCACCAGUGAAUAUCCCACCAAUGCUGACUGUUAAUCCCGUCCGUAAAUCUCCCCAUCAGUCACCAACGGCGCGGGUCCCGUAUGGCCCACGUCUCUCCAGCAGUUAUAAUCGAUCAGGGAAUCGGGUUCCGUGGAGCAAGCCUAAUUUGCAGAAUGGAGAACAUGGUGGUGAUGGGAAUCGCUUGAGUUCUAUCAUAAUGAAUCCACACGCUGCUGAGUUCGUACCAGGCCAACCGUGGUCACCCAAUGGUUUCCCGGUGUCACCAGAUGGAUUUCCGGCAUCUCCAAAUGGUAUUCCUGUGUCUCCGAAUGGCGUCCCAGUAAAUCCUGACUGUAUUCCUGCAACUCCAAAUGGUUUUCCGGAGAGCCCAAACAGUCUACCAGUGUCGCCUACACCCGCUACUGAAAUCAGUGAAAGCCAAAUCCAAGGAGAAACGAAGGCUAAUGACAUUCCUUCUAUUGAAGUGAAAGAAGAGAAUGCAGCGCAAAAAACAGAUGAAUCUGAAGACAAUGGAGAGUCACAUAUCGAAACCGAACAAAACCCAACUUCCAUCAUCACCGUCGCCUCAGAAGAUCACUCGGUGGUGGCCAGCGAAGCUUGCAUUGAUUUGAAAAACAAUGAAAAACCAACAAAAUGUUGGGGUGAUUACAGCGACGGUGAAGCUGACACUGUCGAGGUUACGAGCUAGAGAAGAAAAAAAAAGUAGAUCGAUUUGUGUUGAGUAACUAUGCAAAUUCACAUCAUCUGUAAGUUAAAUGAGCACGACAAGGAAUUGCAAAUAAAAAAUGAGAGAGAGAGAGAGAGAGAGAGAGAGAGAGAGAGUCUUGAAUAAUAUCGGAAGCGGAGGCUUCCCGAGUAUGCACAUUACACGUAGAGAAGCACAAGAAGCUGCAGAUCAUCCAUUUUCUAAAUUGUAAGGCAGCGAAGAAGGUAUGAAAAUUAUCUGUUAUAAGUUUUUGUAAUAUGAUGGUGCGGCCUGCUUUCUAUGAUUUUGCAGCAGUGAUUGAAGGAGAGAUGCUAGGACUUGGCAGAUUUCUAAGUUACAUGUCUUUGCUCCUUUGUGGUUACUGUGAAAGAAAUCUGCAGAAAGACAGUCAAAGUAGUUACCUCUUUUUCUUUCAUUUUUCACUUUGGUUGAUGUUUUUCCAUGUCAGUAGUUUAUACAAGGAGAGCUUGAAUUUGCA